AAAUAAUAUAUAGUGACUUCAAUUGUGAAGUUCCCACCGUUACCACUAGUCGGCGAGUUUGCUGCUGGCGCUAUCUGAUAGAGAGCUUACCAAAGAAUCACCGACUCGUUCACUGACAGGAAUCAGCUGUUUCAGUAAACAAAGAGUCUCCAACUGAAAUGGACGUCGCGGAUCAAGCAGCUAAACCUCCAUCACCAUCCCCGUCAUCUCAUAAUUUUACUCCAGAAGAUGAAAAGCUCCAAGAGAAUUCAAGGAAUAGCUCUCCUCGUGGAUCUGUGGCGUUUGUGUCUGAUUCUCAGGACGGGGACAAUAAUUGGUACUACCUCCCGGAUCCCAUUCUUUUGAGUGUCUUCCAGCUUUUGACUCCAAGAGAAGUUGUCACUGCAGGGGAGGUCUGUAAAUCGUGGAACCGAGUGUCCCAGGAUGAACUUCUUUGGAAAGAAUUGUUUUAUAGGACCUACAAAAUCGAACCGAAUGUUGGGAUAAUGCCAGGUAAAACCUCAUGGCUUGGGGAGUUCAAGAGAUUAACAUAUCACACCCCCCUCUUGGAAACCGAAAUUCUCAGGGAACAUUCUCACCAGGUCCUACAUGUCAGCUUCUCCCACAAUGGCAAAAUGUUCGCCACCUGCUCUAAGGACGGUUACGUCUUGGUAUGGGACAGUUCAUAUCCAGUCACGAUUAAAUACCAGCACGAUAUGAAAUUGUUCAGCUGGAAGUACACACAAUUUUCUCAGUUCAAUUCUUCUGAUACAUUACUGCUGGUCUCUGGAGUGCAUUUUGGUACUUUGCACAGCACUUCUGGAGAAAUUGCAGUAUUCAGACUGGCACCUGGAUUCGAUCUUCAGUGUAGAGUAGUUAAUAAACCUUACGACAUAUUUGGCACAUGGUACAGUGAACGUCACUUGUUGAGCGGUGAUUUACACUGGCUUGCACACCUUGUCAGCUCUAGCGUACUUUGGCUCAAUAAGGCUAACCAGGAAUCGGCGAGCGAACACGUGCCCAUUAUGAAUCAACUUUACAGAUUCUACAAUUCGAACGCAGCAUCAAUUCGCGCAGUGAUGGUAGCAAACUGCCUCUGCCCUGAACCGGCAGAAACCGAAGAGCAAGAGAAUCAUAAAGUAACUUCCCACGAAAAAGAGGAACGAGGAAAUCCCCCGAGCCACCGAGACAUUUCUGCCUCUUCCAGCAAUAGCCAAACCGGCGAUGUUGGCGGAGUUCUUCACCACGCGUCCCCCAGAAUGAUGUACGGUGCUCUGGAAAGUGGAUUUAUCAACUGGAAGCGUUUAGGCGACGGUUUUGACUAUGCCAGCCCGAUAAGAUACAACGAGGAAUACAGACAGGUUGAGAUGGAGAAAGAGACAAUGGAUAGUGACAGUGAUGUUGAAAAUCCGUGGGAGGAUGACGAGGAGGUAUCGACAUCUUCUGAAACCGCCGAAGACUGUGAUUCGGAUGAUUUGGCGGAUAAUCCGGAGAAAUUUCUCAUUUUUACCACUGGGUCGAAAACUUAUACCCCCCAUCAAGUUGGAUUCAAGAGGAUGAAAGCUGUAAAUUUCCCGAGGCGAUUGGACCCCGGACCCUCUCUGAGAGAGCGUUUAGCCGAACGAGAGAGAGAACGAGAGAGACAAAAUUCUGGUUCUUCAAGGCCUGAGCCUAAUUGGCUGGACUAUGACUCAGUGGCUGAAAAAUUCGAUAAAGUUGAUCACCUGAUUGAUUUACAUGGGCAUAUCAUAGGCAUGGGGCUGUCACCAGAUCACAGGUAUCUCUACGUCAACACUAGACCUUGGCCGAGAGGAUAUGUCAUUACAAAUCCCCUACAGCCUCCACCUAUUGCUCAAGAAAUAGAUAUUCAUGUGAUUGAUCUUGUAACCUUGAAACAAGUCGGUACAAUGCUGAGAGCGCACAAGGCUUAUACACCUAACAACGAGUGUUUCUUCAUUUUUUUAAAUGUGUGCGAUGAAUAUGUCGCAAGUGGAGCUGAAGAUAAACAUGGAUAUGUGUGGGACAGACAUUAUGGCGUUUGCUUAGCCAAAUUCCCUCAUUCAGAUGUGGUCAAUGCCGUUGCAUUCAAUCCCCGGGAUUCAGAAAUGCUCGUGACGACGAGUGAUGAUUAUGAUGUUAAAGUAUGGCGGAGUCGCGCUACAGUAAAAGCUCUAGGGCUCGAUGAAAAUACAUUCCGGCGAGGACUGGAGGUGCGAAAGAGACGCAGGUACCACCGGAGUAAUUGUAGUGUUGACUGAUAGUGUGAAGUGUCGAUUUGAUAUCAAGUGCUGUAUAGAUAAAAAACGAUGAGGACCAUCUCAACAUUCUAAAUAUUUUUCGGUUUUCUAAAUUGCACUCUUCAUGCUGAAUCAAAUCUCCCGAGUGAUCGUUGACCGUUCCCUGGUAGACGUAAUUAUGAAUACAUCGUAAGAACAAUAUGAGACAGCUGUGCAAUGAUGGGGAUUUUUUAAAAGUGAAUCAUUUAAUUUCUCAGAUGUAUUUAUUACGUGCUACAUUGACUUUU